UAAUCUCGUUGACCUUGAACGUCUUGUUCAAGAAGCCUGGCGUGACAUGUCACCUGAGCUUUGUCGUCGAUUGGUAGAUAGUAUGCUGAAUCGCGUUAAUGCUUGUAUUAACGCUGGAGGAGGUCCGACAAAGUAUUGA